UACACGGAACUCAGUCACACACACAGAGAGAGAGAGACCCGAACUCUCUCACAGAUGAGUUUAUCUGGGUCUUUGACACGAGCAGAUAAAGAAAAUAAGGGCAUUACUUCAGUAGUUGUGGAUCUUCGGAGGACUGUGUGAUAUUAUGGGUCUGUGGACUCGAACAUCUGCUCUUCUGUGCUGCUUCUGUCUUCUGCAGGUGCAGAGUUUCACCCUCAUAAGGACCAACCUGUGUAAGUGGUGUGAUCACUCCAGUCCUGUGUGUGAAGACAACGUCUGCAUGAGCAACUGCAGUCUGACCUCUUACUGCAAUCUGGCUGAAGAAGUGUGUGUAGCCAUAUGGAAGAAAGACAAUGUGAGCGUGAGUGUGCAGACGCUAUGUUAUAACCCCCAGGAUAUGCUGGAGAACAUAAUGCUGGCGAACUACUCGUCCAAAGAGUGUCUGAUGAGCCCUCAUCCGUCUGAAGAUGGCCUGCUCUUCAUUUGCAGUUGUGCUGGAGAUCAUGAGUGUAACGACAGGCUCAUCUUUGAUAAAGGACCCAAUGGAUUCUCCAAGCUGAAGUCGAAAGACGUGAUUCCAGUCGUGGUCAUAAGCUUGGUUCCUCCCCUCCUUGUGGCAGUCAUUGCGACCAUGGCUUUUUACCUGUACCGCACACGUCAGCCAGGCAAGAAGCCCAAAGAAUGGGGACCACGACGGACCCAUUACCAGUCUCUGGAUCCAGCCGAGGGCCAAGCCAAUGGCAGCGACUACCGUGGCAAGCGGCCAUCCCUCAGCGAUGACGUCAAUUCAGAAAUGUCAUCGACUUGUGCCAAUAAUCUAAACCACAACACGGAGCAGCUGCCCAUCCAGCUGGAGGCGCUGGUGGGUAAAGGGCGCUUUGCGGAGGUAUGGCGGGCACGGCUUAGUCAUAAUGAGAGCGGGCAGUAUGAAACUGUGGCUGUGAAGAUCUUUCCAGCGGUGGAGUAUUCCUCAUGGUGCAAUGAACGAGCCAUAUUCUCUGAUGCCAACUUGAAACAUGAGAAUGUAGUGCAGUUUCUGACGGCUGAGGAGCGGGGCGGUAUGUCUGCCACCUCCCCGAGGCAAUACUGGCUCAUCAUGGCCUAUUAUAACAUGGGCAACCUUCAGGACUUUCUGGUGGGUCAUAUUCUGACGUGGGCAGAACUGUGUUCGCUGGCAGGCUCUGUGGCGAGAGGACUGGCACACCUGCACAGUGAUACGACGCCCUGCGGCAUACCAAAAGUGCCCAUCGCCCAUAGAGAUCUGAAGAGCAGCAACAUUGUGUUAAAGAACCAAAACGAAUGCGUGCUCUGUGAUUUCGGACUGGCUCUGAGACUUGACCUGUCUCUUACUGUAGAUGAUUUCGCCAACAGUGGACAGGUGGGAACUGCCCGCUAUAUGGCCCCUGAAGUUCUGGAGUCCAGGGUGAAUCUCGAGGACCUGGAGUCCUUUAAACAGAUUGAUAUCUACUCCAUGGCUCUAGUGAUGUGGGAAAUUGUCUCUAGGUGUGACGUCAUAGGAGAGGUAAAGAGCUACGAACCCCCAUUUGGCUCCAAAGUGUGUGAGCAGCCGUGUGUGGACAGCAUGAGAGACCUGGUGUUAAGAGACAGAGGAAGACCAGAUAUUCCAGACAGCUGGACCACACAUUCAGGCAUGCAGCUGUUGUGCGCGACUAUAACAGAGUGCUGGGAUCACGACCCGGAGGCUCGACUGACUGCUCACUGCGUAGUGGAGCGCUUUAACACUCUGGCACAGGAAGAGCCAGAGAACUCCAUCUGCACUCACACGCCCACAACACCACCUACAGAAGACCAAAGCCCAACCCUGCCCUGCACGGAUCACAGCGCUGACAUCUGUCCGCAUGUUACAGCUGACACCGUUUCCUCCAGACAACCCAGUCAAAUGUGACCCAUCUGGAAAAAUCAGACUUGUUCUUGUAACGCAUAUCGAUUCAUUACAUGGAGCUGGUCUCCGUUUUUCUUUAAACGCUAAUCUAAACUGAAGGACAAAAGAAGAGGUUUUUCAUUUGAAAAUGCUGUCGUUUUAUUGGGUAAUGUUGUAAAGCGGUUGUACAUUUCUACUUAAAGGGAUAGUUCAGUCAAAUUUAAUGUACUCAUCCUUCACUUGUUUAAAACACAUUUAAGCUUCUUUUUGUGAUGAACACAAUAUUAAAGGUUUAAAGCCACAUAAAGGGAGUUUUUGAGUGAACUAUCCUUUAAGGUAAGACACUGCAGGGUAAAAAAAAAACAUUAUAAUCCUCAUACACAUUUAAUAGAUUACAUUAAGAUCUCAAAGCAUUUUUUGUAUUACGUUUUCUAAAAUGUAAUAAUUAAAUAAGCAAUUUUUUCAUAACACAACUCAGAACAUUUGAUGAAGCUAGGUUCAAAAUUCCUCUUUUAUCAUUUUUUUUUACUAUUACUACAUAUUAGGGUCAAAGGUUUCACACACUGUAUAUACACAAUAUAUAUAUAUAUAUAUAUAUAUGGGUACAACUUAGUAGUACCGGGUUGGAGCCCCUUUUGCAUUUAGAACUGCCUUAAUCCUUCGAGGCAUAGAUUCAACAAGGUACUGGAAAUAUUCCUCAGAAAUUUUGGUCAAUAUUGACAUGUUAGCAUCACGCAGUUGCUGCAGAUUUAUCAGCUGCACAUGAUGUGAAUCUCCUGUUCCACCACAUCCCAAAGGUGCUCUAUUGGAUUGAGCUCUGAUGAUUGUGGAGGCCAUUGGAGUACAGUGAGUUCAUUGUCAGGCUCAAGAAACCUGUCUGAGAGGAUUCACCCUUUAUGGCAUGGAGCGUUAUCCUGCUGGAAGUAGCCAUCAGAAGAUGGGUACGCUGUGGUCAUUAAGGGAUGGACAUGGUCAGCAACAAUACUCAUGUAGGCUGUGGUGUUGGCAUGAUGCUUAAUUGGUACUAAUGGGCCCAUAAUGUGCCAGGAAAAUAUGCCCCACACCAUUACACCACCACUACUAGCCUGAACCAUUAAUACAAGACAGGAUGGAUCCAUGCUUUCACGGUGUUGAUGCAAAAUUCUGACCCUACCAUUCGAAUGUCGCAACAGAAAUCAAGACUCAUCAGACCAGGCAAGGUUUUUUUUUUUUUCAAUCUUCUAUUGUCCAAUUUUGGUGAGCCUGUGUGAAUUGUAGCCUCAGUUUCCUGUUCUUAGUUGACAGGAGUGGCACCCGGUGUGGUCUUCUGCUACUGUAGCCCAUCCGCCUCAAGGUUCGACCUGUUGUGCAUUUAGAGAUGCUCUUCUGCAUACCUCGGUUGUAACGAGUGGCUAUUUGAGUUACUGUUGCCUUUCUAUCCACCAUUCUUCUCUGAGAUCUGGCAUCAACAAGGCAUUUGCACCCACAGAUCUGCUGCUCACUGGACCUUUUCUCUUUUCCGGACCAUUCUCUGUAAACCCUAAAGAUUGUUGUGCGUGAAAAUCCCAGUAGAUCAGUAGUUUCUGAAAUACUCAAGCACCAACAAACAUACCACGUUCAAAGUCACUUGAAUCACCUUUCUUCCUCAUUCUGAUGUUCGGUUUGAACAUCAGCAGAUUGUCUUGACCAUGUCUACAUGCCUAAAUGCAUUGAGUUGCCGCCAUGUGAUUGGCUAAUUAGAAAUAUGUGUUAAUAAGCAGUUGGACAUGUGUACCUAAUAAAGCGGCCGGUGAGUGUAUAUUAAAAUCAGGCUAAUUAAGUAUGUACAUAUCCCUCAGCAAAAACCUUCAGAACAUAGAUAUGAAUAAACCUGUGAGGGUUAAUUUAAGUGCUGCUGAAGUGGAGAAUUAUGGGAGAAAAAAAAAAACAUUUUGAGAAAAUGUCCUUAUCAA